AGUUUUUCCUCCCAAGUGACUCAGCUUCUGUGGCUAUGCACCUGGUGGUUGGAGCAUUAUUGGAACUCGAAAUGCCAGGAAACGCGUCCUGGUUCAUUCGCAUGUGGAAACAUCGUAUCUGUCUGCUAUGGUGGAUAGGCCAAGAUGCCUGCAAAUUCAGCAGCCGCUUACUGUAGACAGUGCUCCCAUAUCGUCCCUCCUACUGCACACGUGUACAAUGUUGUAGAUGUUUGGCCGGCGGCCUCAGCCGGAAACAAGUUCCGACGUUAUUUUUAGCAGCGCGGCCUGCGUGGGUACUUUGUGCCCUCGACAACGGCUUAUCUUUACUGCGAGGCUGACCACUGUGGCUGAUGGGUGCUGGUAUGUGGCGGGGCAUCGCGUCAAGACCACAAACAUCUUUCGAAACGCGGUUAUCUCCUCAUCCGAUCCUGCCACGAGUCUCGCGCUCAUCAUGAAAGAUCAACCGUGGUCAGGGAUCAUCGAAGACCACCCUAUUGAGAAGGCUCUUGAUACUUUUCGCGCUUUGUUCAAUUCAAUCUGUGAAGACAAGAGCGUUUCUUGCACUCCUGACGCGCUUGGUCAGCUUGAACAAGAAGACCUCCAAGAGCUCACUCUUGAUCUCCUCAUAGCACUGCGACGCCUGCCGGUCUCUCGUCUGCUCCCCUCCGGUGGCCGAGGCAAGAGUCUCUUCGGUGAUUUGUUGGAGCUCAACUCUGCCCUCUACUCGGACGACUUCGAUUUCGACCGAAUUAAGCCACUCCUAACUGCAGCCAUCGCCGAGAAACCCGACGGCCAGAUCUGGAGUGAGGUCUACAACGCUGUUACCGAAUCGACUCCCCCUCCCCGACCGAUAUCCUCGUCCCUCCAACAGACCCCGUGGCUCCGCAACACGAGCAGCUUCGCGAACUCGUCGGAACACCGCAAGUACGUGGAUGAUGUGCUCAAGGAGGAGCUUGGGCUUAUGUAUGUUGGGCUUCGCGGCUUCCACGAGACAUAUUUUGGAGAGGUGACCGGCCUUGAGACGGCGUCUGAGGCGUUCUUCAAGCACUGCAUAGAAGGCAGCGACCCGCUAUUUGAUGACGGCUGGAGAGGAUGGCCGAGAAAAGCGAACCAGGAUGAUGUGCUGAGCUGGUUUGCAGCCUUCUGCGAGGAACUGGCGGCAUUUGCAGAGGACUACAAGUCAAUCCCAAUACGUCAACGAAGACCACUGGCACAGCCCAAUGAGCCGAUCGACGGUUCUACAGCAAAACGCAAGAUGGACGUCGGCUUCGUAAACAACCCUAAGGCCAGGAAAGACUCGAGAUGCCACUGGUCGCAGAUUAUCGUGCCGGGAGAGCUGGAGAGCAACCCGUCCGCCGACAAAGCUUCCGAGGCGUGGCUUGAUCUGGGGAGGUAUGCGAGAGAAGUGCUCGCUGCUCAAGACACUCGUCGGUUCGUCCUAGGCUUUACCCUCUGUGGGUCUCUCAUGAGGGUGUGGGUGUUUGACCGUUUGGGAGGGAUUGCGUCCGAUCAGUUCGACAUCAACGAGGACGGUCUGCGGUUCGUAUCGACAAUCCUUGGCUUUCUGUGGAUGAAUGACGAGCAGCUGGGAUUCGACCCUACCAUCGUCACGUCGGGUGGCGAACGUUACAUUGAGAUCCAGCGGAACGGGCUUCGAGAGCGCCUCAUCAUUGAUAGAGUGAUGAAGCGUGCCCCCUGCAUCGCUAGCCGCGCAACCACUUGCUGGAAGGCGCAUUGCGACGGAGACGCCCAAACGCCACUAGUCAUCAAAGACUCCUGGCAGUACACAGAGCGUGACGAAGAGGGGAAGCUUCUCCAAGAAGCGACCGAUCGAGGCGUCAUCAACGUGGCGCGAUACUAUCAUCACGAGACUGUCCAAGUCAAGGGCACGGACGACGAUGUUCGAAGCAAUGUGCGGAGAGAUUUGGAUGUCACGACCGCGGAGGACUACAGAGCUGGUUGCUUGGAUAUGUCGCGGAGGACACGUGCAGUCGGUACUCCGCGACAAAGCCGCAGCACCGGCGGAUUGAAGCGGCCAUCAAGCCAGACCGGUGCUUUUCUACCGCCGAGCAAGCGGUUGUGUUCCGUCUCUCCGGAGAAAGUUACUGGCAGCCCUGUGCCUAACCGAGUACAUCGGCGUGUCGUGCUUCGUGAUUUUGGGCAGCCGAUCUACAAAGCGAGCUCUCGAGCAGCGCUGCUCCGUGGACUAGAGGGCUGCGUCGAGGGACACGAGUCACUGCACAAGGUCGGUCUUCUCCACAGAGACAUCUCCAUCAACAAUCUUAUGGUCAACGAGGAUGGCGACAACCCCUCGUGGCCUUCCUUCUUGAUCGACCUCGACCUUGCGAUCAAGGAGCAUCGAAACGGUGCCUCCGGAGCAAAGGGAAAGGCGGGAACCAGGGCUUUCAUGGCGAUCGGAGCGCUUCGCGGCGAGCAGCAUUCCUUCAUGCACGACUUAGAAUCCUUCUUCUGGGUGCUGUUCUGGAUAUGCGUUCACUAUGAGGGGCCAGGCCAAGGAAGAGUUGUCCGACGAUUUGACCAUUGGAAUACUGCUGAUACAGAAGUGUUAGCGACGCUCAAGCUUGGCACGGUUGCUGAUGAGGAGCUUUUCGGCAAGACCAUGACGGACUAUUUCACCCAAUAUUACGAACCCUUGAUCCCGUGGGUGAGCAAGUUACGGAGGAUAGUAUUUCCAGACGGCCUUAGGUGGAAAAGGGAAGACCUGGGCUUGUACACGUCAAUGAAAGGGGUCCUUCGAGAUGCCGGAAAGGCGUUGUCCGAGGCAUAGGACACAGCAUUGAAAGAGUUACCCUCCAGCUUUCCCUCUGCUGGACGGUUCUUAUCCCAGUGCUUGCUGUUCCUUGCGGAGGGCUUAAUUGGCUCCAGUCCUUGUCAGUAAUGGCUGUGAGCGAGCCACGUCAUGUUUCGCCCUGCAUCACCCUGCAUCAACAGUUAUCCAGCUCUAUUCAAUAGGCACCGCGGAUUCCAUCACGUGCGUUGCCAGAACACAGUCAUAUGCAACCCCGCUCGAAGCACCGAUGAAUGUUGCCGUUCCAUCGUGAGAACCCUCAACAACACCCGCUGGGUUACGUAUCACUCUCCUGAUGGAAUAUUGUGUGCCCUGCGAACGAUUCUUUGACAGUGAUGGCGCUUUGCAACAGCACCUACGGAUGUCAAGUCGGCAUGCAUAUUGCCAGAGAUGUAAACGAUCUUUUGACUCCCCCUCGGCAAAACGUCAGCACGUCCUUGCUUCAUCAAGGCAUCAUGUCUGCCGUGACUGCCGUCAUGAACCGGACUUCGUCGACGAGGAGGAGUUUGAUGAACAUCUUGAGACGAUCCAUCACUAGGUAUUGCACCUCCUGUUCGCGUCCAUUCAACUCGGCCGAACAGCUUACACAGCAUGAUGUAUCCAAACAUAACAUGUGCUAAAUAUGCGGCAUCUACCUCAGCUUUCCACAAGACUUGACUAGUGUUCGUGCAAUGGACCUCCACGCAUAAUAACAAGCUAACCUUUCAGCACCGUCGAUCACAUGAGGCCAAGACCGUUGUAUGCUGUGGAUGUCCCAGAAAAUUUGGCUCGGCGUCUGCGAUGCUAUUACACCUCGAGACGGGACAUUGUAAUUCUGGAGUAGACGACGAAACCGUCUCCUCCCUCGCUUGGAGAUGUUAUCAGUCAAAACACUAUACUUCAUAUGAUGAUGAGUACGAUUUUAAAUGCCCAACAUGCGACACCCCAUUCGCAGCCAUGAGCAGACUCAUCCAGCACGCAGAGAGCGAUGCAUGUGACGAGGAGCUGGAAGGACAGAGCCCGCUAGGGAGAUUCUUGCGCUUCUUGCGGACACAGGUUUGAAAUAAGGAGAGAGGACUAAGAUUCCCAGAACCGUGUUAGGCAACUCCGAAUGAUAAAUGGUAUUUGAUAUUUGCCUGUACUGUGAUUCCGUAGCCGCACGUAACUAAAAUGUUUCCCCUGAGAGACUGAAGAAACCAGCCUGACAUCUAUGGCAGUCAGCAAUC